CCCUGAAUGCCACUCUGCUGCGCCCUCCUCCCUCCUUUCCGACUUCACUCUGCAGGCCGAUUGCUGAUUCACUCACAUGUUGGCAGCUCAGUGAAGAGAUUUUGUUGCCUGUGCACCUGUUCUCAUCUGAUACAGCCUGAGAAUAAGUUGCAGUUGACGGAGCUGUGGACGUGAUAGCUUGUACAGACCCUGACAGAGCAGCUGAGUGGGAACUCUUUUCAACACCUCUGCCUCUUCCUUCGACCCGUCGCGGCUCAGAGGCUCUUAUGUAGGACGCUGGCAGUGAGAGUGAAAGCAACGGGAAAAAUGGAAUUGUACUUAAAAAUCACAGUUGGUGUACUUUUGCUUGUCCAAGCCUUUCACUUGGCAUCACUCCAGUAUUCAACUGACUCUCCAGGGCGGACAAUUGAUAAAAGUUGGCUCCGUGAACGAGCCAAAAAUAUAGCUGGAAGUGAAAAUGCUGCAGUAGUGCCGACAGAGUAUGAUCUGAGAGAUGAUGGAACUGCUACGGAGUCAAAUGAAGGUGGCAUACCAUCUGGCUUCAUGUACAUCUCUCAUGCAGGCGAUGAUAAUGUGACCAGCGAAGACAGGACUGCUGAUGAAGAACCCGAUGAUCUGCCUGUUGUCAAUAUCACUGCGCUUCCCACAAUUCAAAAUGUUACAACUGACCAACCUGAACUCAAAGUUUCUCCAACUACUACACCUAUGGAUCCCAAAAACUCAAGCCAGAUCAACAUGACAGAUACCGAGAAGGAAUUUAAUAACUCAGUGACCACCCUUCAAAACUCUACAAGUGAUCAAAACACCAAUCAAACCACCACUGAUCAAAACACCACUGAUUUACAGAUGACAACCUUGGCUCCAAAGGGCAACGAUACACAAAUAUCCACAACCAAGUCGGACAAAGAUAUAUUAACUAAUGAUACAGAAUCUAACAACACAACAGAUGUGACAACCGUGAUGCCAGAGAUAAACAAGACACCCACCACGUCUUCAUCUACAACAGCUCUUCUACCUGAGACCACAGAAAUGAUCCCUGAGACUACAACUUCGGUGCCUCCAGACACACCUGAGAUGGCCAACAAGACUGAGAAGGGCUCAGGCACAGGGACCAGCUCAGAAAGAGGUUUGGAAUCAGAUCCCCAAAGGAGUAAAAGAAACAAAGUGUGGGGUGCUGUGCUGGGGACUAUCGUGGCUGCUUCCUGCGUGGGACUAGUGGCGUACAUCAUCCUGAAAAACAAACAACAGAAGGCUUUUGUCCACCAGAAACUUGUUGAGGAAUACCCCUCAGAAUCAGUUCACAGAUUGGACAACAGCGAACCUUUGGAUUUGAACUAUGGUGGUUCGGCCUAUUACAACCCUGGACUCCAAGGGGACAACAUUCAAAUGACUAGUUUUCCAGGACGUCACUGAAACUGAAAAACUUUUAAGACCAAAAUCAUGAACUCCCUUGAAAGACAGUCUGCCUGUUCUGCUCAUCAGCAUUUUGAUAGACAAAACCCAAAAUGUAGAGUUUUGUGAAUAAGACUGUCUGAUGGUGACAUUUGUAGAUAGAAAUUACAAGUGAGUUUAUAAAGGUCUGUUGUCAGCCACCACAAACAAUACUUAUGUUGUUGAGAUUUAUUGCAUUGAAAUAGAAGGAUGUCUGACAGCAAUCUAUGUGAACUACACUGCAACAGCCAAAAUUAACUGUCAGCCAUUUAUGUGUGUUGCCAAAGGGAAUCAAAUGAGUCUUUCCUAAUGAAAAAUAUGCUUUGCAGUCAAUGAAGGAUGCUAAAAAUUAAUAUUUGUUAUACUUUUUGGUUUGAUUUGAAUUAUUUUGUGUGGAUAGGAGCCACAGAAUGCUAUUAAAAACAAACAAAGACAUUUGCAUGCGAUCAGCCAGCUAAAUGCGAUUCCUGCUGGCGUAAAACAUUUGUAGAAAAAAAAAGUGCUGUUGUUCUGCUGCCUAAAUAACAGAUGACACAGCUGGCCCAUUGAGGCCUGUGCAACAAAACUCAGAAGCCACAGUGAACAAUAACAAUCACCUGCUGUUAUGGCAUAAGGAAGGCAAGAAGAAGUUAAAUUUGAGCUGCGCCUUAUAUUCCACAACUGGCAGUCACAGCCAGAGUCUGAGAAUUGAAUCGUCAAACCAAAGACUUGAGUUCGUUUUUGACACCAGUGAGGGAGGUGGAGGAAGACUGUGUACUGUUUUGUUAUUCAUACACUGAGGUUUUGGUAUUCAGGAAGGGAGUUCUGUAUUUGGUCUUAGCCCUACUCAGUAGCUGCAACUAUAUCAUCAUAACAAACUGCUUAAAUCUUCUGACCUCCAGGUGUCCAUACAGAAACUUGAGUUUCUCGUAGUCACAGUGUGCACCUUGGAGACUUACAUAGCACUCAUCUGCUGCAUGCCAUGAGCAAAAUUAGAACAUACCUGAUGCAGAAUUUUUAAAAACUUUUUUAUUGUUAUUCUUCUCCUGAGUUUGCUUUAACUUUGAGUGACAACCUUCAGCAAGAACAAGCUCUCUUUUUUGUCACAGUGUGGUGGGCAAGUAAGCAGGAAUCAGCGACGCUGGUGUAUCUAAUGCCUUUAUAUGAUAAAAUCAAACAAUAUUUUUCAUGAUUUUACAUUUCUAAACUUUCUUACUUUUCUAUAGUGUAUAAAAACACACGUUUAUAACUGUAUACGUGAAGAAAAUCCACCUAGAAAAUCCAUCCUCCAACUCCCUGGAUGCUUUCACUCAUCAUUACCUGAGUGAAACCCGCAAUCGAUCAAUAUGCAUCCUUAUUAUGAUUGAUACAUGCCUCAGCUUGGCAUAAACAGCCAACAAUAACUCAGACGUGUGACUUUUUUCUUGCAGUUAGAUGGUUUGGCGGCAGCUUCCCUCCUCACUCUAAUUUGAGACAUCAUUUAGAGCAAGAGGCUUUUUGUCUGACAGAGAGAGAGAGAGGAGUUUUGCGUCGCCGUGUUAAGGAAAUGCUGUGAUUACUGCAGAAAUAACGCAGGGCAGAUGGGUAAUGGGAGACUUCUACACUGGUUACCACUACUUGUAAAACGUAAUGAACUUUGACGAUGCCCUAAUAAAAAAUAAAACACCUCAAAA